AUGGCAGGAGUGGCACAGGCAAUGAAGCGCAUCCCUAGCAUCAAGUUCCCCCAGCGGCGCCCCAAUCCUUCCGCAGGUUCUGUUAGCAAGAUGGAAGAAGCUUCCAGUGCUGCAAAUGUAGUUUCCAACUUCUUCUCCAGUGCAAAGGCUUCAAACUCUCUUGGAGGUCAAGCUUCUCUUCAACCCAAACGAACACCAGUUUCUAAUGAUGAGAUUGAGGCGAUCUUGUUGGGCGGCUGCAUCUGA